CUGACGAUCAGGAGGAAGGCUGGUCUCCCUGGUCAGAGUGGACAGAAUGCUCAGUCACAUGUGGAUCUGGAACCCAGCAGCGAGGAAGAUCAUGUGAUGUCACCAGCAACACUUGCCGAGGCCCAUCCAUUCAAACCAGGACCUGCUCCCUUGGCAAAUGUGACAAUCGCAUACGUCAAGAUGGUGGUUGGAGUCACUGGUCCCCUUGGUCUUCUUGUUCCGUAACUUGUGGAGUAGGCAAUAUCACACGCAUACGACUCUGCAAUUCCCCAAUCCCACAGAUGGGUGGGAAAGGCUGCAAAGGAGGUGGACGUGAAACUGAAGAAUGCAAAAGGGACCCAUGUCCAAUCAAUGGUCGAUGGGGUCCUUGGUCUCCAUGGUCUGGAUGCACAGUUUCCUGUGGUGGGGGCAUUCGUGAGAGAUCUCGUCUCUGCAAUAGUCCAGAACCUCAAUAUGGUGGAAAGGCCUGUGCAGGCGAUGUCAUUCAACGUGAUAUGUGCAAUAAACAGGAUUGUCCAAUAGAUGGCUGUUUAUCCAAUCCUUGCUUUCCUGGAGCAGAAUGCAACAGCUAUCCCGAUGGUUCGUGGUCCUGUGGUGCAUGUCCUGCUGGUUAUCUGGGAAAUGGAUCAUUCUGUGAGGACCUUGAUGAGUGUGCUGUUGUGCCAGAUGUUUGCUUUAAGUUCAAUCAGAACCAUCGUUGUGUAAACACUAACCCAGGAUUCCACUGCUUACCCUGCCCUCCUCGCUACAAAGGAACUCAGCCAUACGGGGUGGGCCUAGAGGCUGCCAGAACAGAAAAACAGGUAUGUGAGCCCUCCAACCCUUGCAAAGAUAAAACACACAGUUGCCACAGUUCAGCCGAGUGCAUCUACCUGGGGCAUUUCACCGACCCUGUGUACAAGUGUGAAUGUAGAACAGGCUAUGCUGGUGAUGGAUUCAUCUGUGGGGAAGACUCGGACUUGGAUGGAUGGCCCAAUAGUAACCUGGUCUGUGCUGCCAAUGCUACUUAUCACUGCAUAAAGGAUAAUUGUCCUUUCCUGCCAAAUUCUGGACAAGAAGAUUUUGAUAAGGAUGGAAAAGGUGAUGCUUGUGAUGAAGAUGAUGACAAUGAUGGUGUAGUGGAUGAUAAAGACAAUUGUCCACUUCUUUUUAAUCCCCGGCAAUUUGAUUAUGAUAAGGAUGAGGUUGGUGAUCGUUGUGAUAACUGUCCAUAUGUGCACAAUCCUGCUCAGAUUGACACCAAUCAUAAUGGAGAAGGUGAUGCGUGUGCAGUAGAUAUUGAUGGAGAUGAUGUUUUCAAUGACCGUGAUAACUGCCCAUAUGUCUAUAACACAGACCAGAGAGAUACAGAUGGAGAUGGAGUUGGUGAUCAUUGUGAUAAUUGUCCCCUGGUACACAAUCCCGAUCAGACUGAUGUGGACAAUGAUCUGGUUGGUGACCAAUGUGACAACAAUGAAGACAUAGAUGACGAUGGCCACCAGAAUAACAAAGACAACUGCCCUUACAUUGCCAAUGCUAACCAGGCUGAUCAUGACAAGGAUGGCAAAGGGGAUGCCUGUGAUCCUGAUGAUGAUAAUGAUGGUAUCCCAGAUGACAGAGAUAAUUGCCGACUUACAUUCAACCCUGACCAGAAGGAUUCUGAUGGGGAUGGCCGAGGUGACAUCUGCAAAGAUGAUUUUGACAAUGAUAGUAUCCCAGAUAUUUUUGAUGCGUGCCCUGAAAAUGAUGCCAUUAGUGAAACAGAUUUCAGAAAGUUUCAAAUGGUACCCCUGGAUCCUAAAGGAACAGCUCAGAUUGAUCCAAACUGGGUAAUUCGCCAUCAGGGCAAGGAACUGGUUCAGACUGCUAAUUCAGAUCCUGGCAUAGCUGUUGGCUAUGAUGAAUUCAGUUCUGUUGACUUCAGUGGCACAUUCUAUGUCAACACAGACCGAGAUGAUGAUUAUGCUGGAUUUGUCUUUGGUUACCAAUCCAGUAGUCGCUUCUAUGUCUUAAUGUGGAAGCAAGUGACUCAGACAUACUGGGAAGAUAAGCCAACCAGAGCUUAUGGAUACUCAGGGGUGUCCCUUAAGGUGGUGAAUUCUACAACUGGUACUGGUGAACAUUUGAGAAAUGCUCUUUGGCACACAGGAAAUACGCUUGGACAGGUGCGUACCUUGUGGCAUGAUCCCAAAAAUAUUGGCUGGAAAGAUUACACUGCCUACAGGUGGCAUUUGAUCCACAGACCUAAGACAGGAUUAAUAAAGGUUGUAGUCUAUGAAGGAAAACAGAUCAUGGCAGAUUCUGGACCAAUUUAUGAUACAACUUUUGCUGGUGGACGAUUAGGUCUUUUUGUCUUUUCACAAGAGAUGGUAUACUUCUCUGACCUCAAAUAUGAAUGUAAAGAUGCCUGAAUUAUUGCAGCUGUGUGAAAAGCAAUGUACUGUAGAUGCCGUUCAACCUAGACACCUCUAUACAUCCUAAUACUUCAAAUCCCUUAUUUUUUCUACCUUUCCUUGACAACCCGGUUGCCAGGAGGGAUCUCUCCAACCCUACACCUAAGUGCCUCCAAGGAGUUUGGAUUAAAUGUGAUCAUUGAACUCAUUGCUGAUGCAGAAAAAGAUUGACAUGUGGAUUGAAAACAUGGCAUAAAUAUUUGUUAAUUUGUUUUAGGUUUUUUUUAAAAUGACGUUUACAUAUAAAAUGUAAAAGUGUAAUUAUAUUAUGUA